AUGGCACCAUCACCUGCUGCUGGAACGCAGAGUUCUGCGCCCAAGACCCCUACAAAGAUCUCUCGGCGUCCAGGACAGACUCCUCAAAAGUUGGGUCAAACGGCGUCUUCCGCGAAGCCAGCGCCAUCCACACCAAAACCUUCACAAACCAAGACGCCAACAUCAAAAGCUCCAAAGCUACCGUCCCGGCCAGCAGCCGGCGAGAAGUCUGAGGAGAGUAUCGGCGCCACGAAAGAUCAAGCCAAAGACGCUGCCAGUGAUGUUGCACAGAAACAGCCUGAGCCCGCGCAGAAUGUCACGGCCAACGAUGACGAUGAAGACGAUGAAGACGACGACGAUGAAGCUCCCAUGAGCAAAGUCACUGAAGCUGGCCAGAAGUCGCAGGAUGGCCUCCAGUCCGCCGCACCAGAACCAAUCAAAGACGACGACGACGCUGUCGAGGGCGCAGAAUCUCAGAGCAAAGAGAUUUUUGGCGGAGCCGAAAGCGAAGCCGAAGACAUUGCCGACGACACAACAGAGAAGGCUGGAGAUACUGUUCAAUCAGCCGAUGAUGAGAGCGAGCAACAGCAGCCACCGAAAUUGCAAUCAAAGGCCAAGGACGGCAAGCCUACCAAAGGCCUCCUGAGCGGCGCUCAAGGCCUGGCAGGCAAGGCGACUGGUAUUGUUGGUAAAGCAUCGAAGGACCCAGCCGGCGCGACGAAGGAGGCACCUACUGAUGUCAAGAAUGGUGCCGAGGAAGCUACCGCUGAUGCUGCCGACACUGUCGAGGAGGGUACCGAGGAGGGAAAGAAGGUCGCCGGCGAGGGUACUGAGGGUACGGACGAAGCCGGUGAUGAAGAUGAAUCGGAAGACGAUGCCACUGGUGGCGUGACCGAGACUGCCAAGGGUGCAGCUGACGAGGCUGGUAACACGGCCGAAGGUGCUGCUGCCCAAGCUGGCGAGGCCGUUUCAAACACUGCCGRGCAAGCUGAAGAUGCAGUCAGCGAUGCUGGUGACAACGUCAGAGAAGCCGGAGAAGAUGUCGCUGAUCAGGCUGGUCAGGCGAAGGAUGAGGCUACCAAUGGCGUCCAGGAUCAAGCCCAGGAGGCGACCAACGGCGUGAAGGAUCAAGCCAAGGAAACCACCGAGCAAGCAACUGGCGAGGAGCUUCCUCACACAGAUGAUGCUACCAGUGCCGUCCCUGGUGAAGUCAAAGUUCCUGAGGGUCUUCCCGUGGAUCUUUCCGUACUCAAAGGUCUGGAAGUUGAUGAAGAUGGGAAUGUAUACGACAGUGAAGGCAAUGCGGUCGGCCAGCUCGCCGAGGGCGACGCAGAAGAUCUUGCUGGCUACCCGAUUGGGGAUGAGGGCGAGAUCCUCGACGAUGAUGGUGAUCUGGUGGGCCGAGUAGAACUCCUACCCGAGCAAGUCAAGAAGCAGCUUCAAGAGGCGCAAGAGAAGGGCGAGGAGCUGCCUGAGGGUGCUGAAGACUUCAUCAGUCAAUUUGACGAUGGUGAGGAUCAGCUUGCCAACGGCGUUGAGGAUGCCGAGGAGGAUGUUGAGGAAGCUUACAACCUUCCCGCUGUGUCGAUCCUUGAAGGGCUGUCUUGCCAGAUCGACGGCCUCAUCUACGAUGACGACGGCAAUACCGUUGGCAGAGUAGUCGAUGGCGACCCCGAGGAGCUCCAGCACGCUACUCUCAACGCUCAGGGCGAGUUUGUCGACAAGAAAGGAAACGUCAUUGGACACGCUGAGAUCCAUGAAGACACUGAGGAGCUUGUCGAGCAGGGUGUCUACGAAGCCGCGCCGCCGGCAAAGGCGGCGGUUCCAGAUGCCUCAGAAGCCGCAGAAGACGCACAGGGUCAGGUUGAGGACGCCACCGAAGAUGCUCAAGAUGCUGCAGACGAGGUACCUGAUGCUGCACCGACAGAGAUCGAAGACCAGCUCCCCGGUAUCGAGGCUCUCCAGGGCAAGGAGCUGAACGAGGCUGGCGACAUUCUUGACGAUGAAGGCAACAUUCUUGGUGGCAUUGAAGACGAGACCCUUCGGCAAAAGAUUGCGGAAGGCGAAGUUGAUCCCAACACUCUUCAGGUCGACGAAGAAGGCAAUGUUCUCGACGAAGAGGGCAACGUCAUCGGCAAGACCGAACUUGCGGAUGGCGUGGCAGAGAAGCUUGCUGGCCUUCACUCCGCGCUUGACUUCCGGAUUCUUGACGGCAAGAAGGUCAACAAGAAGGGCAAGAUCUUCAACGAUGAUGGGGAAGAGAUUGGUGAGCUUAUUGAUGGCGAUCUUGCGGCUUGCGUUGGUGGCAAAGUCAACGACAAAGGCGAGGUCUUCGACAAAAAGAACAACCUGGUCGGCCAUGUUCGUGUCACACCGGGCGAUGCUGCAGAGGAAGCCACUCACGAGCUUCUCGCAGAGCUGGGCGAAUUGCCCGAAGAGGGAGAAGAUGCCGCCGAUGACGCCACCGAAGAUGCCACCGAAGAUGCGACCGAGGACGCAAAGGAUGUGGCGGACGAAGCUGCAGAUGAAGCUACCUCUGAUGUUGAGGAGGCUGCAGAGGAUGCAGAGCCAGUCAUGGAAGAGCCCUCGCUCUCCAUCUUGGACGGACUCAAAGUCAACAAGAAGGGCCAGGUUCUUGACGAGGAAGGUGAGCCAAUCGGUGAGCUCACCGCUGGCGAACUGUCGCAAUGUGCAGGCAAGAAGAUCAACGAAAUCGGCGAAGUGCUUGACAAAGAUGGCAACGUCAUUGGCCAUGUGCGAACAUUGCCCCAGGAGGUCGAACAAUCAGAGCCAGAGCCAGAGGCACCGGCCGUGUCUGUUCUUGAGGGCUUGAAGGUCAACAAGAAGGGACAGGUUCUCAACGAGGACGGCGAGCCUAUCGGUGAGCUCACCAGCGGCGACCUUGCCCAGAUCGCUGGAAAGAAGAUCAACAGCAAGGGCGAGGUUCUCGAUGACUCAGRCAAUGUCCUCGGUACUGUCCGCACUUUGCCAGUAUCUGAGCCAGAAGAAGAGGCUGAGGCAGCCGCUGAGGAGGAGGAAGCACCAGCGGAAGAGGAGGCAGCUGAAGAUGAUGGACCUCAGCUUCCCCCACUCUCCACCCUGGAAGGCCUCACGGUCAACAAAGCCGGCAAGCUCAUUGACUCUAAUGGAGCCAUUGCAGGUGAACUCGUCGAAGGCGAURCGAAGAAGCUCUCCWAGUCAGGCCUGACCGCCGAUUCCGAAGGCCAGUUCUGGGACAACAAAGGCCACGUUAUUGGUCGUGCUCAGACCGUACCACAGGAAGAUCCCGAGCAGGAGGCUACAUUUGCUGGCCUUGAGGGCCUUCACGUGGUUGAAGACGGCUGGGUUCAGGAUGACAACGGCAACACCGUCGGCUACGUGACCGAGGGCGAUGCGAAGAAGCUCAUCGGCCGUGUUGUCGACGAAGACGGCGACAUCAUUGACAAGAAGGGCUCUGUCGUCGGCCACGCCGAGCGCUACGUCCCAGAGGAUGAAGAAGAGGUCACCGAGGAAGCUCCCGACCUUUCAUUCCUCCAGGGCAAGACCGUCACCAAGCAAGGUCUCGUCAUCGGGGAUGAGAGUAUUCCAGUCGCUCGAUUGGUAGAGGGCAACGCCAAGGAGCUCGCGGGUCGCAAGCUUGACGACAAGGGCCAGUUCUGGAAUGACACUGGAGCUGUUGUAGGCAAGGUCGAACUGAUUCCUGAGAAUGAGCGCGAGGCCAAGCCUGAGGGCCCCUUUGCUGGUCUCGAUGACUUGCGCGUUGUCGAAGGCGGCAAGGUCGCUGACGAGGACGGAAACGUUGUCGGCGAAAUUGUCGAGGGCAAUGCGAAGCGCUUGAUUGGACUGACCGUUGAUGAAGACGGAGACAUUGUCGACAAGUACGGCAAUGUGAAAGGCCAUGCCGAACCUCUCCCCGAGGAGGAUCCAGUCGACUUCUCCGUUCUUGAGGGUCUCACCUUGAACAAGCAAGGAUUCGUCGUGAAUGAGAGUGGUGUGCCUUUCGGCAAGAUCAUCGAAGGCAAUGCCGCCGAGUUGGCUGGCCGCAAGACGGAUGAAAAGGGUCUGAUUUACAACGACACUGGAAAGAUCGUUGGACGCUGUGAGCCUCUCCCCGAGGAUGAGCGUGUCCGCAGACCUGAAGGUGCUUUCUCAGGACUCGAAGGCCUUCAUGUCGUGAAGGAGGGCAAGGUCGAAGACAUCAACGACAACGUGGUUGGCGAGAUUGUCGAAGGUGAUCCAAAGCGUCUUCUUGGAAUGCGAGUGGAUGAGGAUGGCGACAUCAUCGACAAAUUCGGCAAUGUCAAGGGCCACGCAGAGCCUCUUCCAGAUGAGGCUGAUAUCRAUUACUCCAUCUUGGACGGACUCACCCUCAACAAGCAAGGCUUUGCAGUCGACUCUGACGGAACUCCAUUCGGACGUCUCGUUGAAGGCACUGCUUCUGAACUUGCUGGACGUAAAUGCGACGAGCAAGGCUACAUCCACGGCGAUACAGGAAAGAUCGUCGGCAGAUGUGAACCCAUCCCAGACAACGAGCGCGUUGCUCGUCCUGAGGGUCCUUUCGCAGGUCUCGAGGGUCUCCGCGUUGUGAAGGAGGGCAAAGUGGAGGAUGAGAAUGGCAAUGUCGUUGGUGAGAUUACGGAGGGCGAUCCCAAACGCCUGAUCGGAAUGGCGGUCGACGACGACGGCGAUAUCAUCGACAAGUUUGGAAACACCAAGGGUCACGCUGAGCCGAUUGUCGAAGAGGACGAGACUCCUCUUGACAACAGCGCGCUCGAUGGCAAGUACCUCAACAAGCAAGGCUAUGUCGUCGACGAUAAGGGAAUUCCCUUUGGGCGUCUCGUCGAAGGCAAUGUGUCAGAGCUUGCUGGCCGGAAGUGUGACGAAAACGGAUACAUCUACGGAGACACUGGCAAAGUCGUUGGCAAGUGCGAGGUCUUGCCAGAAAACGAGAGAGUCGCCCGCCCAGAAGGACCAUUCGCAGGUCUAGAGGGACUCCGUGUCGUUAAGGAUGGUUUCGUCGAGGAUGCUGAUGGCAACACUGUUGGUCAGAUCACUGAAGGCAACGCCAAGAAGCUGGUCGGACUCCAUGUCGACGAGGAUGGAGACAUAAUCGACAAGUAUGGCAACGUCAAGGGACAUGCCGAGCCAUGGUCUGAAGAAGACGAAGUGCCCCAGGACUUGUCAGCUCUUGCUGGUACCACCAUCAACAAGGCCGGAUACGCUGUCGAUGGCAGCGGCCAGGUCAUUGGUCGUGUUGUUGAGGGAGAUCCCAAUGUUAUGAUCGGCAAGAAGGUUGAUGGUGAGGGUCAGAUCUGGGACAACGCUGGCAAUGUCAUCGGACGCGCAGAGCUUGCUCUCGGUGCUGGUGGCGAGGAAGGCCCAUUUGCUGGCUUCGAUGAUCUCGAAAUCAACAAAGACGGCACUGUCACCACCGCAGCUGGCGAUAUUGUCGGUCGUGUUAUCGAGGGUGACAUCAAGAAGCUUCUUGGUCGCACUGUUGACGAGGACGGUGACAUCCUCGACAAGAAUGGUAACCGCAUUGGCAAGGCUGAGAGGUGGGAGCCGGAGGAGAAGGAGAAGCGUGUCAGCCCCAUGUCUGGCAUGCGUGUCAACAAGGAGGGAGAGGUGCGCGAUGAGAAUGGCGACUUGCUGGGUAAGCUGACCAUGGGUGAUCUUGGCCACUGCGUCGGUCAAGAGAUUGAUGACGCUGGCAAUGUCGUCGACGUGGAGGGCAACAAGAUCGGUGAAGUCACACUCAUCGAGAWCAUCGCCGAGGACGAAUAUGAGGGCCCCACCGAGGAGGAACUCGAAGWAGCCCGUAAGCGUGAGGAGGAGCGCGAGAUCRCCGGCAAGAUGGCCAGCAUCUGCACGCAGACUCUCGAGAAGAUGCAACCCAUCUGCAAGCAGAUCAAGGAGCACAUGGAGAAGGCCGACAACACACCCAAGGAUGAGCUCGAUGAAGAGGAGCUUGUCAACAAAGUCAAGCCUUUGAUUGAGGAGGGUGGUCGCAUUCUGCAGGAGUGCAAUGGCUCUCUGCGUGGCCUUGAUCCUGACGGCAAGAUCGCAGCUCAAGCCAAGGGUCGCGCUGGCACAGGUGAGGCGACUCCCGAGGAAUUCCGUCUCGCAGAGACGCUCAAGGAGCUCACCAGCACGGUCGUCACCACAAUCGACGACGCCAAGAAGAAGCUCAACAACAUGCCACACGCCAAGAAGAAGCUCAACCCGCUCUGGGGCUUGAUGACCCAGCCUCUGUUCCAGAUUCUCGCAGCCGUCGGUCUCCUGCUCGCCGGUGUGCUCGGCCUUGUCGGACAACUCCUCAACGGACUAGGACUUGGUGGUCUGGUCAAUGGUCUCCUCGGCGGCCUCGGAAUCAACAAGCUCCUCGCCUCUUUCGGUCUCAUCGACGACAAGAAGAAGGACAACAAGAAGAAGGGUGGCAGCGCUUUGUCGUCGAUCCCGGUGGUUGGUGGCAUGCUUGGUGGUAGUAAGUAA